GCCAUGUCUCCGAACGUGAUGUUGGUAUUUGUCUAUUAGUGAUGUAUGUGGUAGAAAUGUUUGUGGUUAUUGGUUUGUUGCUGGAAUUGUGUUCUUGGGAUGUGUUUGAUACGCAAAAAUCAUAUUUAUAACUAUUCCGUCAAAAUGUUCAUGAAUUUGGUGUGUAAGAGUGUGUAUGUUAUUACUAUCGUCAAUUUUCUUUUAUGCGACUCAACUCCAGCAUCUUCACACAUACAUUCACACCAUCACGAAGAGAGAGAAGAGGACGGCGGUUAUAGUCCAAGAGACAAAACUCACAUUGUAAAUGGGCAUCAUCACUCAGAAUUUGAUCAUGAAUCAAUAUUAGGUAGUGUGAAAGAAGCAGAAGAAUUUGACCACUUAAAUCCAGUAGAAGCCAAGAGACGGCUCCGUAUCUUGUUGACAAAAAUGGAUUUUGAUAAAGAUGAAAACAUUGAUAGAAAAGAAUUACAUGCUUGGAUUCUGCGAUCGUUCAAAAUGUUAUCAGAGGAGGAAUCUCAGGAGAGAUUUGAAGAUGCUGAUGAUAAUGAAGAUGGUGUGGUGACAUGGUCUGAAUAUAUUGCUGAUUCAUAUGGUAUCAAUGGCAGUGAUGAGGACAACAGUAUCUCUAAUGGAGACAACUCAGAAGAGAACAAACUUUUGAGUGAUGAUAAGGUCAUGUUUGAAGCAGCAGAUAAGAACAAAGAUGGAUCUCUGAACAAAGCAGAAUUUCUGAUGUUCAGUCACCCAGAAGAACACCCUGACAUGCUGCCUGUGAUUCUCAAACAAACAUUACAGGAAAAAGAUAUAGAUGGGGAUGGAUUUAUCAGUUUUCAGGAAUUUAUCAGUGAUAGAGGUAAACAUCAAGAGAAAGAAUGGUUGGUAGUGGAGAAAGAGAAGUUUGAUAAUGAAUUUGAUAAAGACAAAGAUGGAAAGCUUAAUGGAGCUGAAAUUUUGUCAUGGGUUGUUCCUAGUAAUGAUGAGAUUGCUGAUGAAGAAGUCAGCCAUCUGUUUGCAGCUUCAGAUGAUGAUCAUGAUGAACUGUUGACAUUUGAUGAAAUCCUUGAUCACCAUGAAAUAUUUGUGGGCAGUGAAGCUACGGACUAUGGUGAUCACUUACACAACAUUCAUAUCUUCCAGGAUGAACUGUGAAAGAUGACAGUGUCAUUCAUUUUAAGCAAGGGUUAUACGUGGAAGAAAUAUGACAUACUCGGUGAUAAGCCAUUUCAGAAUGGGAUUGAUGAUGGGUGUGAGCCAGUAUACAUUGUUCUUACUGCUGAAUAUUGACAGCUUAACAGGUGACAGUAAUGCAAUAGGAGCUACAGUCAUAGGUCUGGGCUGAUUGGACUGCAUUGUACAUGUACUGACAAUUGUAAAAAUGUAGAAGAAACUACAUGCAUUGCUGCAAAGUAGAUUACAAGAAAGUCAACAUAUGUUAGCUGUGCAGUUAAUAAGCUUUGUACAGAGAAGUGUGUUGUACUUCCUGCCAUAGAGGAAAUUAUAAAUAAAUUGAAAGAAAAUGGGAUUUGAGGUACUUGUGGCGGUGAGUAGGAAGAUGGCUGUCUUUUGAGUUCUAGCACUAUGUAGUCUGGUAGAAGUUUACCAACAUUUUAGAAGUACUUGCUGCCUCCAUCAUCAGGGCCUAAUGAUGGAGGCAGCAAACAGCCAUCCUCAAAUUGAAAGAAGACAUGCCUCUUGAAGUGACAGAGUGCAUUGUAAACCAUACAGGUUGUCUAACAGUAGUCUGUUGUAAUCAUUCAUCCACAGUAGUGGCAAUAAUAUUAUAGUGAAAUCAUUUAUGUUUCUCACUUUGUGGUUUCCUCAUUUCUGUAGUCUAGUGUGCAUUAUUUAACUGUGAAUUAUCGUCACUUUAAUGUUCAAAACUAUUAUCCCAACAGAAAACAUUAAAUAGUGAUUUCACUGUUUAGCCCACUAGUAAGGAAUGCUGUUGUACAGUUGUGAUAUGCCAUUAUUCAUUCAAAUAAUAAUCUUUGUUUAUGUAUUGCUUUUAAAUUAUAAACAUUGUAGAAAGAAUACAGAAUUCCCAUAAAUAAA